AUGGCAAGGAGCUUUCAAAACCGACAUCACAAAGAUGAGAAGUAUUUCCUGGUCUCGAAACCCAUCUCACGCCUAUGGGACUUCAGCGGCUAUACGCAAUACAAUUACAGUGGGCCAUCUCUUCGAAAAUAUCUAAUUACCAAGCCAACUCAGAGGUCAACAAAGUGCCGCUGA